CCAUCCGACUUGUCAUAAGAGAUCGGCGUCUCAUCUGCUCGACAUCACUGUGACUUCUCUUUAUCUUGCCGUCGCAAAUGAAUGAGGUAAAGGAAUACUUAGAGGCGCACGAAUUGCAGACGCGUGACGCUGCAGAUAUCAUCGAGGAAUUUGGUGAUGAGAUCAAUACAAUGCAUGGCAAGUGCAUCGAUAUCGGUUGUGGUCCGGCCUCUGUUACACGGGAGCUUUUCAUGCAGAAACUGCCUGCUGAUGCGACCGUCAUCGGUAGUGAUAUAUCCAAAAAAAUGAUCGACUAUGCAAAAGUUACGCAUGCUGACGAAAAGCGACUUUCAUUUAUUGAAUUCAAUAUUGAAGUAGAAAAUCUUCCCUCAAAUUUAAUAAAUACGUACGAUAAUGCCGUUUCAUUCUAUUGCUUACAUUGGUGUCAAAAUACUAGGAAAGCGUUUGAAAAUAUUUAUAAGCUUUUACGCCCCGGAGGAAAGGGUUUGGUAUUAUUUUUAGCUCAUAAUACUGGAUUCGAUGGUUAUUUGCAACUGUAUGAUGAUGUACAAUACAAACCUUACAUGAAGGAUGUCUCUAAGUAUAUACCUUACUUUCAACACUGCGAUAAUCCAAGGGCUACGUUAAAAAAAAUUUUAGAAGAAUCUGGUUUUGAGGUCUUACAUUGCAGUUUUCGUGAAAAAACAUUUAUAUUCAAAAAUUUGCAAAUACUGAAAACUGAAUGUUUUAUAGAACACGUACAUGCUGUUAAUCCUUUUAUUCAGCGAAUGCCUGAUGAUACAAAGAAACGAUUUAAGAAUGAUCUCUUAUACGAAAUAGUUAGUAGAAAAAUUUCAUUCGUCACCAAAGACAAGGAAUUGAAAGAAGAGCGCAAGAUACUCGAUAGAUAUUAUGUAUUAAUAGCUUACGUUAAGAAACCAACUAUCUAAACUUCAGAAAAAAUGAAUAAUUUAAAUAAUAAAUGGUGUUUAUGUAUUA